UGGGUAGAUUUAUAGUUAUUCUGUAUUUUAUUUAAAUUGGUUAAUUAUGUAGUCUCUCUAAUAGGCUGGUUUCUACAAAUAAAUAUUUCAAAAAAAUAGGCUGGUUUCCUAAUUGGGAAAGUCAAAUGUUACUUUAAUUUUCUGGGACCACUUUUCUUCUAACUUCUUUUGAUGACAAGUGUCAUGUGGACCAUCUCAUUUUACUUCUUUUGCUGACAUGUGUCUUGGAGACCAUAUCAUUUCACUUCUUUUAUUGACAAGUGUCAUGAGGACCACUUUCAAUGAUUAGUUCCAUUAAUUUCCUUAAAUUUCUCUAAAAACAAAACUGACCUAUUAAAAAAGAACAGAGGGAGUAUAUUGUUUGUGUAUUUUGGUAGAUUGAUAGUUAGGGUAGACCAGAGCACUUUGAAUCUGUGGUCACUGGUCAGUAUAUAUCAUGUCAGUUCAGCUAAUUUUUGGUUUGUUAUGAAUAAUUUAUUAGUAGAUGAACAAUGAAAUUGGUUUUUGUUAAUGGAAAUAACAAUAUUUAAGUGAGCUAAGGAGAAAUAGGUCUUAGCUGUGUGGCUGUUGUUGCAUUUAGCAGUUUGUAUGAUAUGUUCUCAAGUUGAUUGAAUCUGCUUAUUAAUGCAUUUCCUGCUAUGAAUUCAUAUUGAGUCGUAAGUAGUUACCCUCUUAGCUGAAAUCUGUUGCUAACCAGGCAUGGUCCUCUUCUUUAUCUAGUUUUCCUCUUCAUUAUCUAAUUCCAUGGUGGUUUUUCUGUGUCUCCAAGAGCCGUAGAAGACUGUUUUCGCCUUUAGUAACUUUAACUUAUCUGUACGUCAAAAUGUACCAACCUAAAGAGUAUUGUGUUUGAUCUCUUGCAAAACAAGCCAUAAUCUGUAAAAGUAUUAACUAUUGACGAGAUAUCAGUUUGAAGAUUUUUGUUAUUCUUCCACUAUAUGCUUUAUUCAUUUAUUAACUGGUAGUAAAUGUAUUAUGUUCAGGAAAUGUGGUUCAAGGAUAUAUAUGUCGUAACCAGGUAAUUUUUAGUAAGAUGUGAUGAACCACAUUUUAUGCCUGAUUGCUCCACAUGAUAGAUAUGUAGUUCCUUGAACCACAUUUCCUGAACAUAACAAAAGCCAUGCAUUUUAGUUUCUUAUGUGCCCAAUCCAAAUAUUUGUAAGACAAGGGCGUGGUUUCUUUCUUUUGAAGUUUGAGCUGUUUUGGACCUCUUCAAGUUAAUUACCAUGACUUGCAGUAACUUAAAUACUUCAUCUCAAGCCCUUUUUCCUCCUACAAAUUACUUUCUAAAUAGUGACAUUACUAAGAGAUUCCAUUACAAAGUAAAGUUCCUACAUACUGGAGGACUCAUGACUAGCAUAAAGACCCUAAUGACUAAUGAUAGUAGGCUACAUCGCCACUUGAAAAACUUGUAUUGUAAUCAUGUAACUCAAAGCAUGCAUGUUUCUUUCUGAGGUCAUCGACCAGCACUAACUUAAAAAAAAAAGAAAAAAAAAGAUAGAAAUGUCAUUUUUGCUGUAUUCUGAUGUCAAUAGGCAUUUAUUUGCGGUAGCUGAUGAUCCAUUGUAUUCUCUUAAUUCCAUAACGUGUAUAGCCAUUAUUGACCGGCUAUAAUGGGGUAUUCAUAUGCUCAAGAUUGUGAUACUGUUUUUUUAAAAUUACUUGAAGUGAUUUACAGUCAAUAAUUAUUCAUUGCAACUAAGUUUUGAACGUAUUCAGUAAUAGUUGAUCCCUACUAUUUUCUUUUGGGACACUCAAAAAUAUCACAACUUGAAACUUGUACUCAAUGAUAACCUCAUCUUGUCUGUAUUUAUUAUUGUUUAUUGUAUAAGUAUGUGCCUUACAAAUUUUAUGUUUGUGGAUUCAUAUCAGAAUUUUUAUAUUCUAGAGCUGAAAUUUCAUAGUAAGUAAUCCAGAUAGAGUGAACUGGGUGGAGUAAAUGGGGAAUUCUGGAGGUUUAGUGAAAUUGUCAGUAUGGAUACAUAUUUGUGUGUGUGUUUGGGAUUGUUUUGACAGGGGCACCUGGAGUUCAUGCCUGGAGCAAAGAGGGUCAUAUCAUGACAUGCCGGAUUGCGCAGGUACUGGAAAUACAACUUUUUCUACUAAUUGGAGACGAUGAGCACUGUUCGAGUGAGAAUGGUGUUUCAAACAUUGAAGGUGGAUGCUAUGCCAAGUGCAUUGACCUCCCAGGAGAAAAAGAACCUGAUGAUAUCUUCCUUGCUAUCAAGUUUGGAGCUGGUAACACUCUUGUCCUAUUUUAUCUUCCUUGCUAUGCAAUGGAGGUUUCGGCAUAUUUGCAGAGGUCAGCCACGUUGUCAUCUACUUACUACUGGCUGGAGUAUUUUUGUAAGCCAAAAGAAUCUUGUCUAGGGAGAUGCAAUUUUAUUUCUGAGGUAUACCACAAACCUGGUUCCACAAUCCGUCCACACAUCUGGAAAAUUCUCUUCCGCCACAAGUUUUACACAUCUAUGUGCGUCAUGACCAAGACACAUGCUGUUGUACAAACUCUGUCAGAUGUGAAUCCAGACGUCAUACUCGAGUGUAGUAAUGGACAGACGAGACUUCAUGCUAAAAUUUCUAGAAGAUGGGUUACUAGAACUGCCAGCUUACGGGGUUGUUGCACAAUGCAGAUUAGUUGAACUCACCAUUAACUUACAAGUAGGAGUUUCUUGUAUUAUAUUUCCUCUUAAUUCUGAAACUAAACUAAGUUGAUUCUUGAUUUCAAUCUUAGAGUAAAUGUGGUAAUAAAU